GCCGCUCCAAGCCACACCCCGACCCGCGCGGACCCCCGGUGGGGGGCGAUCGUGUCCCAGAAUGGAGCCCAUCGCCCGCGGAGCCGAACCGAGCCCCUUCUCGGACCCAGCCCCGCCUCCCCACCUGGCGCGGGGCCCAGCCCCGCCUGUCUAUAAAGGCCACGCCCAGAGCUGAGCCCGUGAGUCCUAGCGUCAGUGUCUGGUCUGGCGCCGCCUGCGAGCCCCACCGCCGCCUGAGCUUGGGGUGGCAAAAAACCUAGAGCCGGCCCUGGACCCGGGGGAAAGGCUGCUGCAGCUGGUGUCCAAGGAGCUCCGGGCAGGAUGCUGCCGCUCACGGACUGGGUGCUAGAGCUGCUGAGCAUGGAGCAGACCCCCUUCCGUGCCUACACCGUCUCUGCCCUGCUCCUUGCCCUGCUGGCCCUGCUCUUCCGCACCCUCCUGCAGCUGGGGAGCUCCUGGCACCGCUACUAUGUGAACUGCCAGCGGCUGCGCUGCUUCCCGGAGCCCCCGCGUCGCAACUGGCUGCUGGGGCACUUGGGGAUGUUCAUACCUGGUGAGGAGGGGCUGAGCUCGGUGUCCCAAACAGUGGCUACAUUAUCCCAGGCCUUUGUGACAUGGAUGGGGCCCUUCCUACCAGUCCUGUCCCUGGUGCACCCUGAUUACCUCAAGCCGAUCACAACAGCCUCAGCUGCCAUCGCACCCAAGGACUACGUGUUCUAUGGCUUCCUGAAGCCCUGGCUGGGGGACGGUUUGCUGCUGAGCAAUGGUCCAAAAUGGGUGCGGCACCGGCGCAUGCUGACACCAGCCUUCCACUUCGACAUCCUGAAGCCCUACAUGAAGAUCUUCAACCAGAGCACUGACAUCAUGCAUGCCAAGUGGCGCCGGCUGGUGGCGUCAGGCUCCACCUCCCUGGACAUGUUUGGACAGGUCAGCCUCAUGACCCUGGACAGUCUGCAGAAAUGCGUCUUCAGCUACAACAGCAACUGCCAGGAGACACCCAGUGACUACAUCGCGGCCAUCCUGGAGCUCAGUUCCCUGGUGGUGCGACGCCAGCACCGCCUGCUCCUGCACUGGGACUUCCUAUACUACCUGACGCCCGACGGGCGGCGCUUCCAGCGCGCCUGCGACACCGUGCACCGCUUCACAGCCAACGUGGUGCAGCAGCGCCACCAGGCCCUGAGCCACCUGGGCAGGGAGGCCUGGCUCAAAUCCAAGCAGGGCAAGACAGUGGACUUCAUUGACAUCCUGCUCUCGGCCAAGGAUGAGGACGGCCAGGACCUGUCAGAUGAGGACAUCGCAGCCGAGGCCGACACCUUCAUGUUUGAGGGCCACGACACCACAGCCAGCGGCCUCUCCUGGGUGCUGUAUAACCUGGCCUGUCACCCCGAGUACCAGGAGCGCUGCCGGGAGGAGAUCAAGGACUUAAUGCGGGACAAGGAGUCGGAGGAGAUUGAAUGGGAGGACCUGUCCCAGAUGCCCUUCUCCACCAUGUGCAUCAAGGAGAGUCUGCGCCUGCACCCGCCUGUCACGGCCGUGUCCCGGCGCUGCACCGAGGACAUCAAAAUGCCCGACGGACGUGUCCUACCCAAAGGGAACGUCUGUCUGAUCAGUAUCUACGGGACACAUCACAAUCCUGCUGUCUGGCCAGAGCCCCAGGUCUAUAACCCGCACCGCUUUGACCCAGAGAACUCCAAGAACCAGCCCCCGCUGGCCUUCAUGCCCUUCUCUGCUGGACCCAGGAACUGCAUCGGGCAGAACUUCGCCAUGGCAGAGAUGAAGGUGGUGCUGGCGCUGACGCUGCUGCGCUUCGCUGUGCGGCUGGAUGAGAGCAGGCCUGUGCGGCGCAAGCCCGAGCUGAUCCUGCGCAGCGAGAACGGGCUGUGGCUGCACCUGGAGCCGCUGGGGCUCAGCCGUGAGAGCCGGCCCUCCGCACCGCGCUUCUAGGGCCAUCCACUCCCACCCACUGCGGGGGAUCCAGCCUGCUCCACACAGCUCAGGGACCUGCUGAGUGGAGGACCAGGUGGGGAUCAUGGUGGGGCCAGGUCUCUCCUCUAAUCUAGACCAGCCCUCUGUACCAAAGGAGGCACUCUGGGGUCCAGGCAUAGGCCCCGAAAGUGCUGCAGGCUCCUUUCAGACACCAGCUGCUUAGCCCUCCCCCACCUGCCCCUGGGAGAGGGCAACAAGUGCCUUUCCCCAGCCCUGCUGGAUGCCCACAGCCACCUCGUGAUUCAAUGUCAGAGCUAGAAAUGGAGCCCAGCAGCCUGGCUCCCGGCUCGGCCCACUCACAGUCUAGGUGACCCCCGUGGCCUGCGUUCCCUGCCCCCACUGGCCAGAGUCAGGAUGCCCGGAAAUUCGGCCACUAGCCUAGGAUGUGGGAGACCUGUGUUCAAUUCCCUGCUCUGCCAUGGGCUCCCUGUGUAGCCUUGGGCAAGUCACUCAGCCUCUGGCCCUGAACUCCCAUCAGUGCAAUGGGGCUAAUGGCCCUACCCACGGGGGCUGAGGGUAAAUGCAGUCGGGGGGUGAAGUGACAAAUACUUAUGGUGGGGCAUCUAAGAACACAUGGUCAAUAACCCUAAAUGCUAUGGGCUCGUUAGUGGAUCAGCCCCUGCGUUCCCCCCAGCCCAGGGCCAGCCCCCCUGUGUCCUGAUGCUGUUGUCUGGAGCUGAGGGUCUGGUCUGUCUCUCACUCCCCUUCCCUGGAGGUUAAGAAUCUUCCCUCCUGCCUGCUCCCCCCACUUCUGCACUCAGCAAUCCACCCGCCUGGUCUGGGGCAGGAACAGCUGAGAGGCCUGUGGGCAGGUGGCUCUGUGCUCUGGCCGAUCUUCCUGAGGGGCCCCCAGGGGGCCGGGUGAGAACUUCUGCCUUGGCCUGCUGUGGGUGGCUUUGGGGUGGGGCAGCAACCCAGGGGGCAGCUGCCUAACAAUCGCAACUGCUGCCUGCAGUCACCCAGGGGAGUUGGGGCAGAGAACCUGUACAUGCCUUUGUUUCCUUCACACAGACACACCUGCUACAGGGAACACCCACACACGCCACAGGGAACACACACACAAUGGGGAAUUGUACUGCCAGAGUGCCCGGGGGGGGGGAGGGGGGGGGGCUGGCUGCAGACCCAGCAGGGACCUGCUCUCUGCCACAGGGAACUCAUGGUUCAACGAGACAAACAAUGGUUGAGGGCAGGGAGGAGGGGGCCGGGUGUGGCCCCUGGGGCAGCUGGACCUGGAACUGGGGGACAGUUGAUUUCAUGAUAUUUCUAAGGUCAUUCCGGAGCAUGGCGAAUUCCAAGGCCCCUGCUGCAGGGACGAGGCCACGGGGCUUUGGGAUCUGGCCUUGGGGUUUCAGGAUCUGGCCCUCGAAUCUGGUCACUAAGCUUUGGGUUCCGUCCCCCAGCCACAUGGCGGCAGGCUCCAGCCCUGGGCUCACCCCCUCCCUCCCAUCUCUCCGGUCCCUAUUGCCUCCUCAGGCCCCAGACUUCCACUGCAUGCUCCGUUCCUUGGCCGCAGGGCUCCAGGCCCCAGGAUCCGACCAAGGGUCUUCUGGCUCUGGUCCCCAGCUGUGAGAUGAUAGGUGCCAGCCCCAGGCUCACCCACCCCCCAUGACCCCGGCCCAUUCUGCCUCCUCCGGCCCUGGGUUUUGUCGACAUGCUCAAUCCCCUGGCCGCGGGGCUUCAAGCUCAAGCCACGGGAUCCGGCUGCGGGGCUUUCGGCUUUCUGGCUCCGGCUCUUGGCCAUGCAGUGGCAGGUGCAGGCUCCUAGCUCAUCCCCCCCACACCAUCAACUUUGGCCCCUGCUGUCCCUCCCACUGUCCCCAUUGCCCCUGGGACCCACUGCCUCCUCCAGCUCCCUAUCCAGUCCCCCCAGUGCCCUGGACCUCAGCUGCCUCCAUACCCACCUCCCCAUCCCGGGCUUAAUUUGUCUCCAGGCUUGCCAGGGCUGUGUAAGUGCUGUGAAAAGUGAUAUUUGUAUGUUUGGUAAUGUCAUUUUUCACAGCAGACUGAGUAGCUAGCUGGGAGUCUGGGAAAAUUAACAUACAAGUAUCACUUUUCACAGCAGCAGAUUUACUAGCUCGUAAGGCUAAAAAUAACCAAAGCAACCAAAAAUCAAAAGAAACUACAACAAAAAAGAGAAGAAUGUGCAAAGCACCUUGUUUGCGUUUCUAUUCUGCUUAGGGCCAGUAAAGAAUAAAGACAACUCGACUUUAUUUGUAUUAUUCAGUUUGCAAAAAAAAACCCAAAUCCUACAUAAAUAAAUUACACUGAUUUGGA